GGAGCCUUUACAGUGCAGCAAGCUGUCAAAACACAAAGCAGCAGCAGCGGUGGACACAUUUCUCUGCUGAAAACUUUAAAACAUCUGCACCUGCAGCGGGAACAGUCGGAUCCGUCCUUCUUUGACAAAGUUAUUAACAGAUAUUAUCCCUGCUAUGGAUGGCAUGAUGAUAGAGGAGGACGAUGAUUGCCCGGAGUUGGUUCCCAUCGACACCGCAUCUGGUCCUCCUGCAGAUCAGAUCCCUGUCACCAUCAUCACAGGCUACCUCGGUGCUGGAAAGACCACACUCCUGAACUAUAUCUUAACAGAGCAACACAACAAGCGGAUCGCUGUCAUACUCAAUGAAUUCGGAGAGGGCAGCGCCCUUGAGAAGUCCCUCGCAGUGAGCCAUGCAGGAGAGCUUUAUGAGGAGUGGCUGGAACUGAGAAAUGGCUGCCUCUGUUGCUCUGUCAAGGACAAUGGUCUCAAAGCCAUCGAGAACCUGAUGGAGAAGAAAGGAAAGUUUGACUACAUCCUGUUAGAAACAACAGGACUUGCUGAUCCAGGAGCUGUGGCCUCCAUGUUCUGGGUCGACGCAGAGCUCGGCAGUGACAUCUAUUUGGAUGGCAUUGUCACCGUCAUCGACGCCAAGUACGGACUGCAGCAACUAACAGAGGAAAAAGCAGAUGGACUCGUCAAUGAAGCAGCAAGACAGAUUGCUGUUGCUGACCUCACCAUAAUCAACAAGACAGACCUGGUCAAUGAGGAGGAACUCACUCAAAUCCGAGACGCAGUCCGGUCUAUAAACGGUCUUGUCAAGAUUCUAGAAACCCAGAAGUCAAGGGUGGAUCUGUCUGAAGUGUUGGAUCUGCAUUCCUUUGACAGUAAGGACGGAGCAAACCUAGCAGAGAAGCUCCAACUCGUGAAAUCCACAAGACCACAUCUUGACAAGACUAUUUUAACUGUGACGUUUGAAGUGGCUGGAGAUCUCCCUGAAGAUGCCUUGAAUGUCUUCAUUCAGGAUCUGCUAUGGGAAAAGAUGUUCAAAAACAAAGAAGGGCAACCCAUGACUGUCAUUCGGUUGAAGGGAAUAGUAUCAUUUGCAGGUAAAGCCCACCAAAUGAUGCUGCAGGGGGUCCACGAGCUGUAUGAACUGAAUGAGACUCCACAGCUUUGGGAGGAGAACCGGCGGAUCAACCGACUGGUCUUUAUAGGUAGAAACCUGGACAAGGACAUUCUGCAGGAACAGUUCAUUUCUGCAGUGGUGCAAGGAGCUAAGAAAAAUUAGCCACAAGCUCCUCUGUCCUUUGCAUUAAAAACUGUUGAGUCAGGAGCAAAACUUGUGGCUUUGGCCAUCCAUAAAUCUGGGACUUUCCUACAAGAACAUGAGGUAUGUCAGCGGAUGGUUAAGGAAAGUUGAUCAGUACUAAAGUAGUGAUCAAUAACAGUAGUUUCAAUCACUGCCUGUUUUAAAGGCUAAAUUAUCAAAGAGUGUUUGUGUUGCAGUAGUGGCUGAAGAAAAUACUGUGUGUCACCCUGGAAACUUCUCCUGAACUCUAAAAUGUGUGCAGACACAAAGACGCUACAAAUGUCAAGAAAUUUAAACAAUACAUUGUAUUUUGUAUAAAGAUGACUUUGUAAAAUCUGCUAUUUUUGAAGGUUGGGAACCAAAGUGGUGUUAGAAGUUGCAAAAAUGAUGCACAUAAUGUAUCAAGUGUGGUAAUAUGUAAAUGAGGUAGCCUCACUUAUGUUGCUUUCUUUUAACAUCCUGUUUUGUUUUGUUUAAUUAUUUAAAAUUAAAGUGUUUUUUUUCUGAAACUUAUGAC